AGCGAUAAUAGCUUCCUCAAAACCUCGCCCGCCGCUAAUUCCGCCGAAUGUUUAUCGUCCUCUGCAGCGUGGUACUUACUAUAAUCCCCAUCUUUCUCGUCCAGUACCAGCGCUUCCUUACGUCUAUUCCGGCUCCCGAGCAAUUCCACCGACUCCCAGAACGGCCAGCUGGCCUCAAAGUAGCACACAACCGCGGAAACGCAAGCUUCGAUGGCCCGGCCUGCGAUACCACCUCGGAAGGCCCUUCCGAUCGGCUUCCCAUCCGCGCAGUGACAAUCAGCGGGUACGAAACGAGAGAGACCAGAAAGCCAUGGGAUCCACCAUUUCCUACGAGACCCAGGACAUUGAGAGAUCUUUAUCUUGUUUUACCGCGAAGCGAAGACAAGGGAAGAGAGAGGAUGAGGAGACCGACAUCUCAAGUGCCACCCGAAGAAGAUGAUGGGAUUAUAAACAUAGCUCAGUUACCUGUUACCGAUCUGCCAACGUCCAGUGCACCUAUACCACCUCCGAUGCUCCCUCGAAGCCAUGUUCAAGAGUCGCAGUCAGUUGUACAAUCAGGAUAUGAAGAUCGACAAGCAUCGACGCAAACCACGACCGAACGAAAACCUACAACGACUGGGACAAGCGAUACCCUUUUGCUUGUCCAGAAAAUCGUUUUGGCCCUUGCUCUGAUAAUCUUUGUCUUCGCUUUCGCAAUACUUGUUGCACAUUGCAUGGCAUGGUUUGUAGUAUACAAGACAGAAGCGCGGCUAGGUGAUGUCCGGAAAGGUCUACUACGAGGUGGGGAUAUGCGGGUUUGUCUCUGUGCACGGUGAGAGCGCAUCGCAAUACAUCGGCGCUCGAGUUUUUCUAUGACCACAGCCAAGCCUGCCAAACUCUUCUGGUGACGUCCCAAUUGUUCCGGGGCUCUUGUCCUAGGCGUGGGGCCGAAGGAUGGGAAAACAGCGAGAAAGACAAAUUGGAUCUGACACGGACCAUCAACAUGAUUUGCAUGCACAGAGAUUGCAC